AGAACGGCGACUUCCCAACAGAUCGAUUGGACACUCUUAGGGACAAGUUGCGAUUGGCAAGAGAGGCAACUCUCUGCUGGUGGUGGGGUUGGUUGAUAAGAUGAAUCAUACUACGUCAGGAACUAGAAAAAAUAAAUAUAUUGCAGUGCCACAAGAAGGUGAAGAACUCACCAUGUUGGAUACUCAAGAUGCUCAAGUACUUGAACAAGAACCAGCCUAUUAUUUAUUCGAAAACCCAGAAUUCUCUUCUUCUUGGUUGUCUAAAAUAACUUUUAGCUGGUUAAAUCCUUUGUUAAGAUAUGGCGCUCAAAAUCCAUUGGAAGAGAAGGAUUUAUGGGGUUUACACUCUUCUGACCAAACUGUGCAACUUUCCAAAGAGUUUGAAGAAUCCUGGGAGAAGGAAUAUAUUCGUUGUCAGAGGACGGACGACUCUUCCCAACAAUUCAUUGAACUAGAAACUUUUGACAGUCAACAACAGCCUUUUCUGGUCGAGUCAGCAGACCAAGUUUCUCCUGUUGAAGAACAACAAUCAAGUGUGGAAAGAGAGACCGUUCGCAAAAGAUUUUUGAGUGGUAUUCGAGAGGUCUUUCGAAAACCAAAACAGCCUUCUGUGGCGCUUGCCAUUGGACGUGCUUUUGGAUGGCCAUUUUUGAAAGCUGCUCCUCUAAAGUUUGUCUAUGAUUGUUUGCAAUUUGUAGGACCAGUUGUAUUGAAUGGGAUUCUGGUGUAUUUAAAACAACCAUCGGAAUCCGUACUCGUUGGACUUGGAUAUUGUUUGCUAUUAACGAUGGGAAUGUCAUUGCAGUCGUUAUUUUUGCAGUCCUACUUUAUGAAAUGCUAUCGUAUAGGAUUGCAUGUACGAAAUGGAGUAAGUGCUGCUGUGUUCCAAAAGUCUCUUCGGUUGGAUACAGAAGCAAGAAAUUCUUCAACUGUUGGUGAAAUGGUAAAUCUUAUUGCAGUAGAUGCCCAACGAAUAGGUCUUUCACUUUUUCCCUAUUUGCAUUUAUUAUGGAGUGGUCCAUUUCAAAUCAUCGUUUCGAUGAUUUUUCUUUAUAACGUUAUUGGCAUUGCUGCCUUUGCCGGUUUAGCAUUGAUGCUAGCCUUGAUACCAUUGAAUUUGGUUCUUGCGAGGAUAAUGCGAAGAUUAUCGCAAUCUCUUAUGAAAAGAAAAGAUAAUAGAGUUCGAGCGGUAAAUGAAAUGCUUUUGGGUAUUCGUCAAAUCAAACUUUUUGCUUGGGAAGAUAGUAUCAAGAAGCAUAUUUUAGAGUUGAGAGAAUUGGAAGUUCAAAGUUUAAGAAAACUCAUGAUAUACAAUGCAGUGAGUGGUUUUGUAUGGCAAUUUACACCAGUAGCUGUUGCUGCAGUAUCUUUUUCUAUCAUGUCUUUGGAUGCUAGUAUAGAAUUAACACCUGCUCGAGCAUUUUCAGCUUUAACUUUAUUUAACAUCCUUCGCUUUCCUCUCAAUGUAUUUCCAGAUUUGAUUAGCUCUCUCAUUGACGGUGUUGUAUCCAGUAGACGUAUUCAGCACUUUUUAUUGCAAAGCCAAGUGCAAGGAAGAAAGUCUGAACCAGUAGUGGAGCAGAGUGAAGAAGAUAUUGUGGCUGCAAUGAAUGGAGGUAAUUAUUAUUGGAAUAGACAGGACCAGAGAAAUAGAAGGAAACCUAUUUUACAGAAUAUUCAUUUUCAAGUGAAUCGUGGUCAGUUGAUUGCUAUUGUGGGUCCAGUUGGUUGUGGCAAGACUUCUAUUCUUUCUGCUUUAUUGGGAGAAAUGGUGGAUGAUUUGCCUUUAGAAGGAAAAGCUUUUGUGAAAGGAAAAGUUUCUUAUUCUCCUCAAGUUCCUUGGGUUAUAAACCAAACCUUUCGUGAAAAUAUUUUAUUUGGUGAAGAAUAUGAUGAGGAACGUUAUUAUCAAACAUUGGAUAGUUGUGCCCUGCUUCCUGAUUUGGAUAUACUUCCUGCUGGAGAUAGGACAGAAAUUGGAGAAAAGGGAAUCAAUCUUUCUGGAGGUCAAAAGGCAAGGAUAGCUUUAGCGAGGGCUUGUUAUAGAGAUAGCGAUGUAUAUAUGCUUGAUGACCCUUUAAGUGCUGUGGAUACUCAUGUAGCCAAGCAAUUGUUUGAUAUGGCUAUUGAUGGACCUUUAUUAAAAGGGAAAACCAAAAUAUUGGUAACUCAUCAUAUUGAUUUUCUAUCGAGAGCGGAUACUAUUUUGGUUGUACAUCAAGGCCAAUUGAUAGAUCAAGGAACCUUUGAUGAUUUAAUAGCUCGAGCUUCUAUUGGUAGUUCUGUUCGAGCCUCCUCUUCACCUGCACAGUUAUCACCUCAAUGGAAAGGAAGAAUGAAUGGAGAAGCAGAUGAACCAAUACUCCAUCGCGAACAAUCCAUUUCUAUAUCGUUGGAACAAGCCAACGGACACAAGGAAGAAACCAUCUCAUCCUCUGAUAAUGAAGACUCUUUAUUGGAUAAGAAGAUUCUUAGCAACUCGGAUUUGAGUUUGGAAGAAGAAGAUGAAAUGACAGUCUUAAGUAAGAAGCAACCAUCAGAAGAAAUGGUUUCAAGUCCAUCGGAACAAAAUGAUGAUUCCAAGGCCAAGUUAACUAUAGAUGAAGAACGUUUUACGGGACGUGUAAAGUUUGCUAUCUAUAUUGCCUAUUUCUUGGCAGUUGGAGGAUUCUUUUUCACUUUUACAAUAUUUUCAGGAACUUGUGCACAAGGACUACGAAUAGCUGUAGAUGCUUGGUUAUCUGCGUGGUCUGAUAGUGUAUCCAAUGAUACACCAGCUUCACAUUCUACUCUUUAUUAUGUGUCUAUUUAUAUUGGAUUGGCAUUGGGCAAUGCAUUGUUCAUCUUGUUGAGGCAAUUGAUUUGGAUUCUCGGUGGUUUGAUAGCUUCACAAGGAAUGCAUCAGCGCAUGUUGAAUACAGUUAUAAGAGCUCCCAUGAGAUUCUUCGAUGCUACUCCUGUCGGUAGAAUUUUGAAUAGAUUUGCCAAAGAUCAGGAAGCACUGGAUCGGUCGCUUCCACAAUCUAUGUCUUCCGUAUUCAAUUCUCUUUUUACUAUGAUUGGAGGCAUUUUAGUGACCAUUUUUGUAACUCCUUUGAUUGUAUUGGUUCUUGUACCACUUGCUUGGAUUUAUCGCUUAAUCAGUACUUUUUAUUUACAAACCAAUCGAGAGUUGAAACGUUUGGAGUCCAUUACUCGAAGUCCAUUUUUAGCACAUUUUGGAGAGACUUUGAAUGGAGUGACAUGUAUUAGAGCCUUUGAUGCACAGUCUAUGUUUCGCAAUCAGAAUUUUGCCUUGUUGGAUAAGAAUUCCAAACCAACAUUGUAUAGUGUGGCUUGUAAUCGAUGGUUGGGUAUUCGUUUGGAUGUAGUAGGAGUUUGUUUGGUAUCCGUUGCUGCCUUAUUGGCAACUUUAGCCAAAGGUCAUAUUGAUUCAGGAUUGGCAGGAUUGAGUAUUACUUAUGCAUUACAGGUAACGGGUACUCUUAGUUGGUUUAUCAGAAUGAGUACCGAUACGGAAACUCAAAUGAACUCUGUGGAGCGCAUAUUGUAUUAUGGAAAUUUGGAAUCGGAGAGUGCUUAUGAUGUUCCUGAAAGAGAUCCUUCUCCUGAAGAAUGGCCAAAAUUAGGCCGUGUAGUAUUUGAAAAUGUAGUAAUGCAAUAUCGUCCAGAAAUGGAACCUGCUCUUCGUGGAAUAUCUUUUGUCAUAGAAAGUGGACAAAAGGUUGGUAUUGUAGGAAGGACUGGAGCUGGAAAGAGUUCCUUGACUUUGGCAUUGUUUCGUAUGGUGGAAUUGACGAGUGGAAGAAUUUGGGUGGAUGAUAUCGAUAUCUCUCAAAUAGGAUUGCGUACUUUGCGUAGUAGAAUUUCUAUUAUUACUCAGGAUCCUAUUUUAUUCACUGGUACAGUUCGUUCCAAUUUGGAUCCCUUUCAAGAUUUUGAUGAAGCUCGUAUAUGGCAAGCAUUGGCUCAAGCACAUUUGAAAAAUUAUAUAGAAUCUCUUCCGUUUGGUUUGGAUACUAUUGUAGCAGAUGGUGGAGAAAAUUUCUCUGCUGGUCAACGACAACUUUUAUGUUUGGCACGUUGUUUAUUAAGAAAGACCAAGAUUAUCGUUAUGGAUGAAGCAACUGCAGCUUGUGAUAUGCAAACAGAUGAACUUAUUCAAAGCACUAUACGUUCCGAGUUUUCUGAUUGUACUCUUAUUAUUAUAGCACAUCGACUCAAAACGGUUAUUGAUGCCGAUACAAUAGUUGUGUUGCAACAUGGAAAGGUGGUACAGAUGGGGUCUCCCAAGGUCUUGUUGAGUGAUCCUAUGAGUGAAUUGAGUUUAUUAGUAGACCAAUUGGGACCAUCAACAGCUAGAAAAUUACGCAAAGCAGCUGGAAUCGCAUAAUUUGUGAGAUAAAGAGAGAGUUUUUGUG